CUGUCCUGAUAGUCGUUUUGACUGAACCAAAGGGAAAGUAAAAGAUAAAUUAAUUUAAACUUACCUUACCGUCAUGUAUUACAUGCCUACAAAGUCAGUUUGAUUUAAUUUUGCUUCAUUCUAAAAGAUAGGCAGAAAUAAGAGAUGCGAUAUCAAUAAGUUAUACAUUAGUAAUACAUUCGAAUCGUGCCGCACGCGGGUAUUCUGGAAAGUGAAGAAGUCUCAAGAGAUCAGAAAUAUAAUUCGCGAUUAUUAUUCCAUGGGAAAGUGAAACCUACGUUGUACUAACUAGCUAAUUUAAACGGGUGAGUGAACGCGGGAUUCCAUAAAAGGGAUCAUAGAGUAUUUACCCUAAAACAAAAUCAAAGAUGUCCCGCUUCAGGACAAUAAUGGUCACAGGAGGUGCUGGCUACAUAGGUAGUCAUUGCGUGGUCGACCUCCUAGAGGCAGGAUACGAAGUAGUUGCCAUAGACAACUUCGCAAAUGCAGUGGGUGAUGAAGACGGUUCACCAGCUUUGCAGCGAGCGGAAGAAAUCACGGGCAAAAAAAUCACGUUCUAUAAAGCAGAUCUAUUAGACAAACCACAAAUCAACGAUAUCUUUGAUAAGCAUAAGGUGGACUGUGUGAUCCACUUCGCGGCUCUGAAGGCAGUUGGUGAAUCAAUGCAACAACCACUUUUGUACUACCAGAAUAAUCUACUCGGCAUGCUCAACUUAUUGGAGAUAAUGCGAUCCCACAACUGCUACCAAAUGGUCUUCUCGUCGUCGUGCACGGUUUACGGAGAGCCGGAGACCCUGCCGAUCACUGAAACCCAUCAAACCGGCAACAUAACAAAUGUGUAUGGAAGGACAAAGUAUUUUAUUGAGGAGAUGCUUAAAGACUUGAGCGCUGCUGAUGAUAAAUGGAACAUAAUUUCGCUCCGAUACUUUAACCCGGUGGGCGCUCACCCCUCGGGCCUGAUCGGCGAGGACCCAACAAAGGAGUUUACGAACCUCAUGCCCUUCAUGGCACAGGUAGCUCUCGGCAAGAAACCCGUGCUAACUAUCUUCGGAAACGAUUACAAUACGCCUGAUGGAACUGGAAUUCGUGACUACAUACAUGUUAUGGAUCUGGCUAGCGGGCACGUCGCUGCGCUCAAUUUGCUAAGUGACAACCACGGCAAGCUUAAAGUAUACAACCUAGGUACAGGCAAAGGGGUGUCGGUGAAGGAACUGGUGGAAGUUUUUGAGCGCGUUACGAAAGCCAAGGUCCCGGUCAAAUAUGUCGCGAGGCGGAUUGGUGACAUAACAGCGAUGUGGGCGGACGCUUCUCUCGCGAAACAAGAGUUGGGGUGGACCACUAAACGCUCCGUGGAAGAGAUGUGCACCGAUUUCUGGCGAUGGCAGACAAUGAAUCCCGAUGGCUACCCCAAGAAAAACAAAACUACCGUCAUCGUGGUAAACGGGAAGAGUUAACGCAAAUCAUAAUCUAAAAUAUUCCAUUACGUAUAGCCCUAUUAAAUAUUUUAUUUUUAUUUAAA